AUGGACCACACAGACCCCUUCCUCCAAGUCCAAGCCGACGUCCUCUCAACCCUCCAAUCCACACGACCUCUCUUCUCCUCCUAUCUCCGCAUUCGUUCCCUUGCCAAAUCGCCCAAUAACCCAGAGCUCCAACAAGCGCGCUCCGAGCUCGAGACAACCCUCACCGAUCUAACCGCGGACCUCGACGAUCUAGUCGAGAGUGUGCGUGCAAUCGAGCAAGAUCCAUAUCGAUUCGGUCUAGAACUGGAAGAAGUCCAGCGCCGACGAAUUCUCGUUAAUGAUGUCGGUGCCGAGGUCGAAAAGAUGAGGGAGGAGUUGCAGAGGACAGUUACAGCUUCGAGUGGUGGGAAGGGCACGACUGGUGCGCUGCCGAACCCGGCUGACUUUGAUAAUGUCUUGUCGCCGUCGGCGGAGGAUCAGGGAGAUGAUUACUAUGCUGCGAUGGAGCAGCAACGACAGAUGGAGUUGAUGCACGAACAAGAUGAGCAGUUGGAUGGGGUGUUUCGCACGGUGGGGAACCUGCGACAGCAGGCUGAUGAUAUGGGGAGAGAGUUGGAGGAACAGGGGGUCAUGAUAGAUGAAGUGGAUACGUUGGCCGACCGGGUGGGCGGCAAGUUGCAGAAUGGCAUGUCAAGGCUGAAAUACAUCAUACGGAAGAAUGAGGGUAAGUGGUUACACUUUUGA